GCUCUAUGCGCGCACACGUUUCACGUUUGGUCUGUUUGGCCGGGUGGCAGACUGUAGUGAAAUUAAUUUGUUCUAAACAAAGUGGGACUCACCCCGCAGAGGCCGAAUGAUACAAACAGACUGGACAGUUUUUCAAUUGUUGUCUUUUAUUUGAAUCUCUGAAAUACAUAGUAUAACGUUAUCAGAAAUGGGUCCUGGAUAAAGGAAAGAAUAUUCCAGAAACACCGUGGACUGCGGGGUUUCGAGUGCGGGCAUGAGCGCAGCGGCCCGCCGCCGUGAAGGAGCUUAGCAGCCGGGAGAAGCAGAAGGAGUCGCCGGCAAUUGUGUGUCAGAAACGGAAUUCAGUUCUCGCCAAAUUAAAGCCCCGUCCCCAUCCCUAACUAGCCUUCCUGAUUCUGUUCUGGGAGAGUUCAGACCAGUAUCAUCGCCAAGAUAGCCGGGUCAGGCAGAAAGAGGCACACCUCAGAUUCAGACCCCAGCAGCGGUAGUGAUUCAGGCGACGGGCGGCGUGUUAGUGCCAAGUGCCUGAAGAUGGCCAGCAGCGGUGGCAGUGGUGUGGCUGGUAACGAGACAGUGGGCCGGCGUGGUGGGGCUCAGCACAGAGGAGGCAGCGGUAGGGACAACAGUUCAGACCUGUCCUCCAGUACCAGUAAGAAGAAACAGAAGGACAGGGCCAACCAGGAGAGCAGAGAGGCCAAGAGGGCAACCGCAGCAGCAGCCGCUGCAGCAGUAGAUGGGGUUAUUGCUGAGGUCAAGAAAGAUGUGUUUGUGGACUGGAAGCAGAAUGUCAAUGAAGUGACUGUCAGACUGCGCUGUGGGGAGGGGGUGCAGAGGGUAGAGGAUAUCAACACAACCUUUACUGAUACACACUGCAAUGUGUGCUUUCCAGAUGGACGGCAGUGGAGCUGCCAGUUGCAGGAGGAAAUUGAGGCCUCGUGUAGCAGAGUCCAGUACAAGGAGAAGGGAGGUUUUCUGCACGUCAUCAUGCACAAGAAGAUCCCCUUUCACAUCUGGCCUUCGCUUAAGUCAAACAAGAAGGAGAAGGAGGCAGUACCUGCAGAGACCAAAAAGGACAAGGAGCUGGAGGUGAAACCUGUUGCCUUGGCGUCAUUAGAGAAACCCAAAAUGUCCUCCUCGCAGCCGAAACUCCAGCCCCAACCUCCCUCCUCGCCUGCGCACAGCGAGUCAAGACGCAGCGGUGGCAAAGCUGAGCGGGGCGUUAAGCGCGGCAUAAAAAACAAACCAGCGUGUGACAAGGCCACCACGGACUCUGUGGGGGUGAAAGCUGGAGAUGGCCCGACCACCACCAGCAAGCCUGUUGCAGCCACACAAGGCGAGCCUCAGGAACCCAGUGCCAAGCGCACCGUUGUACAGCUGCCCAGGACCACCAAGGAGGCUCCGUCACCGGCCAACAGGGACGCACAAUCUGCCGAGUCUACAGUAGCCAGUGGUAAAGCUCCACACACACACCUGCCCGCUGGUCGGAGCCCACAGACGCAACACAGAGACGUAGACAACAGAGCAGAGAGACUAGGCAAUGGCCAGGAACAAAAACCAGGAGUGCCUGUUGCUGCUGGCAGCCAUACCAACAAAACUCAGGUGGCGGAGAAGCAAAGCCAGUCUUCAGACAGGUCUGGAGCAACAGCACACGGCAGUGAUAGCCAACCAGCAGCUCCCGUCAGCACCACUGACUGCCUCAAACCCGUCAGCUUUAACAACGAUGUGGACUCUGCCUCUCUAGAAACGCUGGCGGAUAGAACUGACUCUGAGCCAGAGAAAAAGCCUCUUGAGCAGGAAUCGGAGCAGGAUACUCUGAUCCGCCAGCAGCUUGAAUCAAAAGAGGCAGGUUCGAUAUCGGCCGUUGGUGUGGCUGGCAAACAAAGCCAGUCACCCGGUCUAGCUCAGAGGCAGGUCAGCUGUGACGAGGAGGAGAAGCAGGACCAGUCGAAGGAGGAGCCUCCACUGGAAAUGAAACAACAGGAAGUCCCAGAGCCGAUGGUUAACCUGCAAUUUGUGAAGAAUGAUUCGUACGAGAAGGGCACGGACCUGAUGGUGGUUAAUGUUUACACGAAGGGGAUCUGCAGGGACACGGCCAGGGUCAUCUUCAGGGAGCAGGACUUCACCCUCAUCUUCCAGACAAGUGAUACUAACUUUCUGCGGCUUCAUUCAGACUGUGGUCCAAACACAGUCUUCAAGUGGCAAGUCAAACUCAGGAAUUUGAUCCAGCCUGAGCAGUGCAGCUACUCCUUCACCCCGUCCCGACUGGACAUCACCCUGAAGAAAAGGCACAGCCAGCGCUGGGGGGGCCUGGAGGCCCCCGCCACACAAGAGCCGGUGUCACACGAUCUACACUUCAGAGAGCCGCGGUCGCGCGACCUCCACUUAGAAAUCGAUUGUGUGGGAGCCGACAGGGACCUCAUGGUGCAUCCAGGUGCAGUGGGUGGCGCCAAGGUUGCUGUACCCUCCAGCCCUUCGUGCAUUGAGAAGAGCCAGCCAGGCAGCAGCCAGCACAGCCUCCCAGCCAAGGACGAGCCUCCAAGGGUCGGGGAGGAGAAACCUAAGCCCCCCAAGGCCUCAUCUAGAGUGGAGGAUGGCGGUCUAGAUAAUGUUGCUCCUCGCACGGUCUCUGAGCCCACUGUUACCACGCCUAAGCCUACCUGCAUGGUGCAGCCCAUGACCCAUGCACCUCCUGCCAGCAAUGAGCGCCAUGAAGAAGAAGAGGAGAAGAAGGUGUGCCUGCCUGGUUUUACAGGAUUGGUCAACCUCGGCAACACCUGCUUCAUGAACAGUGUGAUCCAAUCCCUGUCCAACACCAGAGAACUCAGGGAUUACUUCCAUGAUCGAGCAUUUGAGGCAGAAAUCAACUGCAACAAUCCUCUGGGAACAGGAGGCAGGCUAGCCAUUGGCUUUGCGGUGCUGCUCAGGGCCCUUUGGAAAGGAACACACCACGCUUUCCAACCCUCAAAACUCAAGGCAAUUGUGGCCAGUAAAGCCAGUCAGUUUACAGGUUACGCCCAGCACGACGCCCAGGAAUUCAUGGCUUUUUUGCUGGACGGGCUCCACGAGGACUUGAACCGCAUCCAGAAUAAACCUUACACAGAGACGGUCGACUCUGACGGACGGCUGGAUGAGGUGGUGGCUGAGGAGGCAUGGCAGAGGCACAAGAUGAGAAAUGAUUCCUUUAUAGUGGACCUCUUCCAAGGCCAGUUUAAAUCUAAGCUCGUCUGCCCCACAUGCUCCAAGGUUUCCAUCACCUUUGACCCUUUCCUCUACCUGCCCGUGCCCUUGCCCCAGAAACAAAAGGUGCUCUCAGUUUUCUACUUUGCCAAGGAACCUCAUAAAAAACCCAUCAAGUUUUUAGUGAGUGUGAGCAAGGAGAACUCCAGCACCGCUGAAGUCCUCGAAUCCAUCUCCAGGAGUGUCAGGGUCAAACCAGAGAACCUCAGACUGGCAGAGGUGGGGAAGAACCGCUUUCAGCGCAUGUUCUCGCCGUCCCAUUCCCUGGACAUGGUGUCCUCCUCUGACAUGUUGUUCUGCUUUGAGGUGCUUUCCAAAGACAUGGCCAAAGAGAGAGUGGUAUUGCUUCGAGUGCAGCAGAGACUCCAGGUCCCUAAUAUCCCCAUCUCAAAGUGUGCUGCCUGCCUGAAGCCUCCAGUGUCUGAGGAAGACAAGCUGAAGCGGUGCACACGCUGCUAUCGUGUGGGCUACUGCAAUCAAGUGUGUCAGAGGACCCACUGGCCCAAUCACAAGGGUCUGUGUCGCCCCAACACUGAGAACGUGGGCCUGCCCUUCCUGGUCAGCGUGCCGGAGUCCCGGCUCUCCUCUGCUCGUCUCACCCAGCUACUAGAGGGUUACUCCAGGUUUUCCAUCAACGUGUUCCAGCCUCCUUUCCAGUCAGGUAGGACAUCCCCUGAAACAUCCCAGUGCCGGGUUGACCUCCCCCUAAUGCCAGCAGGCUCUCCUAAGGGUCUUGGGACCGGGGACGAGGCCAUGGGUGAUAGCAGUACUGUAGGAGCAGGUGAUCUGGAGCUGGAGAGUCACUCUCUGCUGCCUGAGUCCCAAGUGGAGAAUCCUCAGGCCUCAGCCCUCCUGUCUGGGGACUCAGAUUCCCUCUCCACCUCCCAGACCUCACUCUCCACCACGCGGACUUCAGAUUCAGGAUUUUCUGAGCCCACGUCCUGCUGCUCUCUGGACCCUCAUGCUGAAAAAGAGACGUCCUGUGAGAAGGCAGUGCGGCCAGAAGCUGCAGUAACAGGGUAUCAGCAUCCAAGUGAAUCAGCAUCAGGCCAUGCCAGUCAGUUCUACAUAGCUCUGCUGGACUCUAACAACAAGGAACAGAAGCUGGAUGAGAAAGAGGACCUUCUGGCAGACCUCCCUGAAGACGCGACCCUGGAGCUGGUGUGGAAAAACAACGAGCGUCUGAAGGAGUAUGUCCUGGUGAGCUCUAAGGAGCUGGAGUACGAGGAGGACCCUGGCUCUCUGAGUGAGACAGCCAGAGCGGGACACUUCACCCUGGAGCAGUGCCUUAACCUCUUCACAAAGCCAGAGGUGCUGGCGCCAGAGGAGGCAUGGUACUGUCCAAAGUGCCAGCAGCACCGAGAGGCCUCCAAGCAACUGCUGCUGUGGCGUCUGCCCAACGUUUUGAUCAUCCAGCUCAAACGCUUCUCCUUCAGGAGCUUCAUCUGGAGGGAUAAGAUCAAUGACAUGGUUGACUUUCCUGUCAGGAAUCUGGAUCUAAGUAAGUUCUGUAUUGGCCAGAAGGAUGAGAUGCAACAACCCCCUAUCUAUGACUUAUAUGCAGUCAUCAACCACUAUGGAGGAAUGAUAGGAGGCCACUACACGGCGUACGCUCGCCUGCCGAGUGACAAGAACAGCCAGCGCAGUGAUGUUGGCUGGCGUCUGUUUGAUGACAGUACCGUGACAAUGGUGGAGGAGAGUCAGGUGGUGACACGCUACGCCUACGUCUUGUUCUACCGACGACGGAACUCACCCGUGGAGAGGCCGCCACGCUUCCUCAGGCCUGUAGGAGCCGAGUCGCCCUCUGCCACAGGAGCUACUGCGAGCCAGGCCUCUAGCCAGUCACUAUUUGGGACAGACCUGGAUCCUGAAGGGCCGCCCACGUUGACCCCAGAGGUUCCCUCUGACCUCUUCGCCAACUCAGGAGAGUGCGCAGCGCCAUCCUACAGCAACAUGGAGGAGGUGGACUAGUCAUGGAGAGGACUGAAGGAAAUCCAGAUCAGAGCCUGGCGAUCCAGGGAAGUGGACGCUAACUUCUCCGCUAAAGACCCAUCGGUGCUCAUUAAUAACGGGCUUCUGGAUCUGUGGAAGAUCUUAAGGUGGUCUUUGAGGAUUCGACUACACUCAGUUGUGGAAGACCUUCAGAGGCUGCAUAUAGACAUGUACUAACUUGACACACACAUCAUUGAUAUACUCACAUUACUAUACUUACCCAUUGAUAAACACUUAACCAGCUGUAUAUGUAGUUUUAUCCAUUCGGUGUAUAUAGUGACACACACACACACACACACAGAAGCUAACACGCUUCUGUAAUCUCCGAGCUCCUGUUAGCAGCUUGUUAUAAACUGCUGCUGCAGGAAUUCAUCCUCAGCCACCUAACCGAGUUGAGUGGAGCGCCUGUCAGGCUUCCACACACCAACGAACCUUGUGAUCUGGUUUCAAGCUAAAGACCUCACUGCUAACCUUGACCAGACCUGUUAAUCCCUGGCUAAAGCUAUGGUCCUUUUAUUUGGGUACAUUUGAGGGAGUUUGAGUAAAGAUUGUUGUAAUGCGUGCACCGUUUUUGUUUUUUAUUGCCUGAGUUGUUUUGUUUGUAGCAGGGUAUUCUGUAAGUUAGGUUGGACGUGUAGCAACGGAUGUCAUGAAAACAGACGGGUGCUGACUUGCUACUUUUUUAUAAUUUUGGAGGGCACACGCUUUUGUCUUUUGUCGCUUUAUAAACUUCAUUUGGCUUCUGUUGCUAUUGCGUAUUCUUAUUUUUUGUACUUGUUUAGAUAUUCGAUCCUGUGGAUGCAAUUGUCAAAGGCUUCAGUAUAAACUGAAAUGUGCAUGACUGCAUGUUCAGGCUGUAACCCCAGCCCCUGUUAAAUACCCCCCCCCCCUCCCCCUACAAAGUUUUUCAUUUCAUUAUUUCAGUUUUGCGUGAGUUGUCCAGUCUCACCCCUCCUCUCCUUUGUAAUAGACUGCGUAUAUAAAGUGGGGAUCAUUAACAAUGCUGCUGUGGAUACAUAUAAAUGGUUAAUAUAAAUAAAACAAUUUUGAGAACUGCUU